UCACAACCCUAACAUCCCUUUGCCGCCUAUAAAACCCUCCCUAAACCCUCUCUUCUUCCUCACCGCUUUCAUAUCUUCAAUUUCCCAAUACUUACGUUCUUCAAAUUUUAAUAAAUAACAAUGGAGUUUUGGGGAGUUGAAGUUAAAGCUGGAGAGAAACUCAAGGUCGAACCUGAGUUGGGAAAGUUGAUUCAUAUCUCACAAGCUGCAAUGGGUGAGGUAAAAGAUGUUAAAUCUGCCAAAAAUGUUCAUCUACGCAUGAAAAUUGACGAUAAGGAUUUCAUCAUUGGAUCCCUUGCUGCUGAGAAUCGACCUCAAGUGAUGUUUGAUCUGGUCUUUGAGAAGGAAUUUGAACUUUCCCAUGACUUGAAGAAUGGCAGUGUCUACUUUAUUGGUUACAUUGCUGAUGAUCCUGUAUCAGAAGGUGAAGACUAUUCUGAAUUUGACGAUGAAUCUGAUGAUGAGGAAUUGCCGAUUGAAGUUCCUGCUCAGGAGAAUGGUGCCGCAAAGGCUAAAGCUGUGGAUGCAAAACCCCCUGGAAAAGCUAAGAAAGAGGAGAAGAAAGAGGAGAAGGUAGAAUUGAAAGUGGAGGAAGAGAAAGCUAGUGAUGAUGAUGAUGAAGAUGAUAGUGAUGCUGACAUGGCUCUUGAUGAUAGUGACCUCUCUGGCGAUUCUGAUGAUGAAGAAGACGAUGAAGACUCAAGUGAGGAGGAUUCGCCACCAAAGGCAAACCAGUCCAACAAGAAGAGACCUGCACCUGCUGAUAAAGCUCCUGCUGCCAAGAAAGUUAAAGCUGCCACUCCUGAUAAGCCAGUUGUAGGCAAAAAGGGCCAGAAUGCUACUCCUAUCCCUGCAAAAUCUGCCGGAAAAACCCCUAACAAACAGAGCCCAAAAUCCGGAGGCCAAGCUAAUGGCAACAAAUCAUUCAACAAAAACUUCUCUUCUGCGAAGAAAGGGAAGGGCAAGUUCGGAGGCAAAUGAAGCAGUCAAUGAAUUUUGAACAAUUAUUUUGCUAUUUUAUUAUAUGAGGAAUGGCUGGAUGCCUGCUAGAUCGUGAUUUGAUCUAAUUUUUGGGAAAUUUUCUUUUUUAUUUAUUUUUGUAAUGGAUCCUCCUAAAUUUUAUUCGUCCAUGUUAUGGAUUAUUAUAUUAUAUGGAGUUAUAUCUCAUCA